GGGGUAUACCGUGUGAGUAUGGUUCCAGCUAAUGGCUCACAAACCUCAGCGACCAUCUCUCCAUCUGUAUGUCCUUGAGCCGGUGAGUGGGGUUGCCGUGGUGACCAAUAAUUCCACUCCCCUAGAAAACCUCGAUACCAUCGCACUGAGUUGUGACGCGUCGGGCACUGUUCAGACACGGACAUGGUUCAAGGAUAACCAACCCAUCCAGGAAAAAGACAGAAUAUUUACAUCUUUCGGCAACUCGAAACUGACUGUAAUCACUGUGAACAGAAACGACGCAGGGACGUACAAGUGCAUCGCCAGCAACUCUUUCAGCGGAGGCGCUGGAGAGACAUACGUGCAAGUUUACUGCGGCUGCACAGCCCCAGAAACAGGCGACAAUUUCACCCUAGGCGCUGCCGCGAUCGUGGGCAUUGUACUGGGUUCUCUUGCCGGAGGAUUGAUCGGCGGAGUCUGCGCAUGGUUAUUCGCAAGGAAAAUUGGCGGAAGUGGGAUAUUGGAAGGUUUAAAGGGAACCGAUGACCGAAGCAAUUUACACAAGCCGGAGCUGGAGGAAACUGGCGAGUCAGGCAUUACUGGUGGGGAACAUGAACCGACGGCCUUUGUGGAAGGAGAUUGA